CCCAACAAGGCUUUACUAUAACUCGCACACAUUCGUAAUGUUCUUCUUGGAUUAGGGUUUUACACUAAUUCGGCGCAUCCUCUUCUUCUUCUCCUACACUUCAACGCUCUCGAGUUGUUCGUUCUAUUCACUCUGCAACAAUGGGGAAGACACGUGGUAUGGGAGCUGGUCGCAAACUCAAGUCCCACCGUAGAAGACAAAGGUGGGCUGACAAGGCCUAUAAGAAAUCUCAUCUUGGAAAUGAAUGGAAGAAACCUUUUGCUGGUUCAUCUCAUGCCAAAGGCAUUGUACUUGAAAAGACAGGUAUUGAAGCCAAGCAGCCAAACUCUGCCAUCCGCAAGUGUGCUAGGGUUCAACUCAUUAAGAAUGGCAAGAAGAUUGCUGCUUUUGUUCCUAAUGAUGGUUGCUUGAACUAUAUCGAGGAAAACGAUGAAGUGCUGAUUGCUGGAUUUGGGCGUAAGGGUCAUGCUGUGGGAGAUAUUCCUGGGGUUAGAUUUAAGGUGGUUAAGGUGUCAGGUGUUUCUCUCCUGGCUCUCUUCAAGGAGAAGAAGGAAAAGCCUAGGUCUUAAGUUUUGUUUUUUUUCUUUUUUUUAUUUAAAUUCCCCCAUCCCCCCCAACCCCCCCACUGUUGUUUGAGUGCUUCUUGAGAUGAUGAAUAGACAAAAGUCUUUAGAUUCACGAACAAUUUAGUAUGCCAUCAACUUACUGAACUGAAAUUUUGAUAUUGUGGAUUAAUAUUUAUCAUUUCUUUCCAGCUUCAA